AGAUGAACUAAUCACCCAUCUCUACAUAAAGUGUGUCCUCCAUAGUCCAACUUUUGUUUAAACUCAAAACUCAAAGCAACACGCAUACGAUUCUUCUGAGUUUUCUGCAGAUGAUUGUUUUGUGAUGGUGGUAAUCGUCAAUGGCGGAUCCGUACAGAACGAACCCUCACGCUUCUUCAUCUCUCGAAUCCGAAGAUAUGUCUUCCUUUUUUCUUAAUUUUCUUCAAGGAACGUCCGCUUCCUCUUCUGCGACUGCUGCGGCUGGUUUUUAUAACCGAUCGGUACCGGCGCCGGUGGCUGAGUCAUCUUCUAGCCUCAAUUUCUCCGAUCCCGGCCGAUUUUAUGCUGCCGAGUUCAAGGAAGGCGUUGAGAAUGUGUUUGCUUCUGCUGGCCUCGGGGAUUGUGACGGUAUGAAUUCAGCUAAUAGGAGAGAGUUUUUGGAAGAUGAUAAGGUUGAUAACUUCGGUUUUAGUAGCGAGGAAUGUGAUGGACUUGACAUGCCAUCUGAUCCGACUCAUCCACGUUCUUCAAAGAGGAGUAGAUCUGCUGAAGUUCAUAAUUUGUCCGAGAAGAGGAGGAGGAGUAGGAUCAAUGAGAAACUGAAAGCAUUGCAGAACCUAAUCCCGAAUUCUAACAAAACUGACAAGGCAUCUAUGCUUGAUGAAGCCAUUGAAUAUCUGAAGCAACUUCAACUGCAAGUUCAGAUGCUUACCUUGAGGAAUGGAUUGAGUUUAUACCCAGGAUAUGUUCCCGGGUCGUUGCAGUCGGUGCAACUUCCAUCUGGUAAUGAAUUUGAUGGGAGAAGUUUUAUGCUGAGUGCAAAUGGAGGAGCUACACUUCCUGUGAAUCGAGAAAUGCCACAAACUGCAUUUGAAAUUUCCAAUCAGAAUCCGUCAGGCAAACCAACAAUAACCUCACAUAACACAGAAAACGCUGUAGCUUUAGAAACUACAGUUCAGAAUCAUUAUGGACUUCUUAACCAUUUAGCAUCUUCUAAGGACAUGUGUCGAGACAAUACACUAUCAAGAUUGCAUUUAGAUAUGAGUUGCUCUGGAAACAAUUCAUCAUCAGGAGUGUCGUCUCCCAAUUCUUCUUCCAGGAGCUGGAGGAGAAGAAGAAGAAAAGGGAAUUAUACUAUGUCGGGGUUUCUGACUGAUGAACUUUCAAAAAGAACUUCAAUUUUCGGUUUACGUUUAUGGGUUGUUUUGGGUAUUUGUGUAGGAGCUGCAAUUGUGCUUGUUCUGUUUCUUAUAUCAAUAUGGUUCACUUGCAAACGUAGCACUAGUAAAAAAACCCUUUCAGUUUCAGCUAAGAAAAACCCCAAUAUCCCUAAAGUAUCCAAGGAAAUUCAGGAAAUCCGAAUCGACCCAAUUCGGACUCUGCCGGAAAACCCGAAACUACUACCUGCUCCGGCUCCGGCACCGAUACCGGAACCUGAUUCUUUCGAGGAGAAAACCCAGAAUUCCGAUGAUUAUCAGAGAACACUCAUUGAGAUCGAAAAGGGUCAGAAGAUUGCCAUUCCGGGUCGGGUUGGGCAAGGUGGCGGGUCUAGUCAUGGUAGUGAGGAAGCUCGUUCUAAUGAGCAGGCUAUCAUUGCUGUGCCGGAGGUUUCGUAUUUGGGGUGGGGUCAUUGGUAUACACUGAGAGAGCUUGAAAUUUCAACAAAUUAUUUUGCUGAGGAAAAUGUGAUUGGUGAAGGUGGCUAUGGAAUUGUUUACCGUGGAGUUAUGGAAGAUAACAGUAAAGUCGCUGUUAAGAAUUUGCUCAAUAACAGGGGACAAGCAGAGAAGGAGUUUAAGGUUGAAGUUGAAGCAAUUGGUCGGGUUCGGCACAAGAAUUUGGUGAGGUUACUCGGUUACUGUGCCGAGGGUGCUCACAGGAUGCUUGUGUAUGAGUAUGUGGACAAUGGGAAUUUAGAACAGUGGCUCCAUGGAGAUGUAGGGCCUUGCAGCCCUCUUACGUGGGAAAUUAGAAUGGAUAUCAUUCUCGGAACAGCUAAAGGGUUAACCUAUCUUCAUGAGGGCCUUGAACCCAAGGUUGUUCACCGUGACAUCAAAUCAAGCAAUAUUUUGCUUGAUACACAGUGGAAUCCAAAAGUGUCAGACUUUGGCUUGGCAAAGCUUUUGGGUGCUGAGAAGAGCUACAUUACUACUCGGGUUAUGGGAACAUUCGGUUACGUUGCUCCGGAAUAUGCUAGCACUGGCAUGUUGAAUGAGAGAAGUGAUGUGUAUAGUUUUGGAAUUCUUAUUAUGGAAAUCAUUUCUGGAAGGAAUCCGGUGGAUUACAGCCGUCCUGCUGGAGAGGUAACUCUGGUUGAUUGGCUUAAAAUAAUGGUUUCAAACCGGAAUGCCGAGGGUGUUGUGGAUCCCAAGAUACCUGAGAAGCCCUCUUCAAGAGCCCUGAAACGUGUUCUUUUGGUAGCAUUACGCUGUGUUGAUCCCAAUGCUCAGAAGAGACCAAAAAUGGGACAAGUAAUACACAUGCUUGAAGCUGAUGACUUUCCCUUUCGUGAUGAGCGACGGGCUUCAAGGGAGCAUGGUGGUCGUUUAUAUCGUGAUGGUGCUAAAGAGAGGUUAAUGGACAAGCGUGUAAUUGAAUCAGGUGAUAGCAGUGGAUAUGAAAGUAGUGUGCAAACCAACUGGUCUUUGGUCAAGAAACAAGAAACCGAUGAUGAGCAUUAGCAGCACCGACAUAGUUACAAGGUCAAUUCCAACCCUGUUGUUUCGUCUGUCAUUCAUUUGGAGCUAGCACAUGUAAAUAUCAUUCACUUAACUUCUGCAUUUUUCAGUUAAUUCAGUAGUCUUGAUAGGUUUUGUAGCAUAAAUAUCAUUCACUUAAUUGCCUUCAGUUUUGCUUUGAACAUAACUGUUAUUUUACCAGUGAAAGGACAUGAUUGUAUUGUAUUGCUUUUACCACAA